CUCCAAGACAGCUCCAAGUACGAACAAUAUCGACUGGAGCCACACCAUCGCAAAGUCAUAACUAGAACAGGAAAAUUUCGGCCUAUGUUAUCUGUUUGCGAGAGUGUUGAUGCUAUGCCUUCGCCUUUGGAGGAACUCAUCACCCGUUUACAUGAGUUAUCAGCUGUAAAGUUUGGAAAGUUCACUCUGAAGAGUGGCAUAGAGUCACCUGUCUAUCUAGAUCUUCGAGUCAUCAUUUCCUAUCCUAAACUUCUCGCCAUAGUUGCUGAGACUAUGUGGUGCCAAGGACAAGGGAAGAUUCCAUGCGAUGUCAUUUGUGGAGUUCCUUAUGCAGCAUUGCCCUUAGCCACAGUGAUUUCUGUCAACAAAAAUAUUCCCAUGCUCAUCAUAAGGAAGGAAAGCAAGGGCCAUGGAACAAAAAAACAAAUUGAGGGAAACCUGGUUCAGGGUCAGACCUGUGCUGUUAUUGAGGAUGUCAUCAGCAGUGGGUCCUCUAUUCUGGAGACUGCCCUUGCUUUGAGAGCUGAGGGACUGAUCGUCAACGAUGCAAUUGUUCUUCUUGACCGAGGCCAUGGAGGAACAGAAAAUUUGGCUGCAGAGGGAAUAACACUUCAUAGUGUCUGUACUUUACAUCAGGUUUUGGAGAUUCUGGCCAGAAAGCACCUGAUAACCAAUGAAAUCUUUGAUCAGUCCAUGACAUUCCUCUCAUCUCAGCAGAUGAUUUCUUUCGUCAAUGAAAGACUUCAGCAGACAUAUGGAGAGCGGAAGAGAGUUUGUCAUCACCCAUUGUCAAAGCGACUCCUCUCAGUGAUGGAAAAAAAGAAAACCAAUCUAUGUCUUAGUGCUGAUGUGUUCAUGUGUGAAGAGCUGAUGCCCUUGGUUCGUGACCUUGGUCCACUCCUUUGCAUGGUCAAGGUCCAUGCUGACACCUUGAAGGAUUUCUCCUUGGAAUCGAUGAAUGAGCUUGCUGCCUUAGCUCAUGAACAUGAUCUACUCAUUUUUGAGGAUAGGAAGUUCAGUGAUAUAGGGAGUACAGUAAAGGAGCAGUACUCUGGAGGUUUGAUGAACAUACGAACAUGGGCAGAUGUGGUAACCAUCCAUCCCAUUCCGGGACCUGCCAUCAUUGAAGCAUUGAAAACAAAAGCUGCAGAAAUUGGCUCAGAUUGCAGAGGGGCCAUUCUUGUUGCCCAAAUGUCUUCUGCGGGAAACUUCAUAUCAUCGUCUUAUACAACACGAGCUAUGGAGUUGGUGGAAGAGCAUAGUGACUACGUCAUGGGCUACAUAGGGACGUCCUCAUUGACAGGAAAUCCCUCAUUGCUUCAGUUCACCCCUGGCGUGAGUCUGGGGGAUUCCGGAGAUGGAUUAGGGCAGGUGUACAUGUCUCCGAGAGAAGCCGUCUUAGAGAAAGGAGCAGAUGUGAUCAUAGUUGGGAGAGGGAUCUUGAAGGCCCCUGACAGGAAGGCAGCUUGUCAACAGUACCGUGAUGCUGGGUUCCAGGCCUACCUCGAGAGGUGCAGUCACGGCUAGCCCUUCAAAGAAAGGCUACUAUCCCUCAGAAUGCAUCAGGACAAUCGUCUGUAUGCCUUUAUGCCUUGGCACAUCCACUUUCCUAUCGUUCUUAUAUUUUUCUCAGAUCCC